GUACAUGAUAUUCGCUGUGCAUUGAAAGCACUCAAAACUCGUUUUUCUCGCUUUAUCUCUCGCUUAAAGCAUCCCAACUUGAGCAAAAGCUGAAAAGAAAAGGAAGAAGAUUCAAGAAACCUGCCACUUAUAGUACCCCUUCACAUCUUUCUCUCAGUCCAUUAUUGAGUCCUCUGCUCCCUCUCUUCCUAGCACAAACCUCCACCCACCACCGCCGGCACCUCCGCUCCACCGCAUCGCCGCCCUCGAUGACAUCCGACGACUGCCCGAAGCACUAUGGAGAGGGCCGAAGCACGUUCCGGCGGCUGUGCGCUGGCCUCCUGGUCUUCAACUUCGUCCUGCUGUUCAUCAUCCUGCUGGUGUGGGCCAUCCUGAGGCCACACAAGCCCCGGUUCGUCCUCCAGGACGUCACCGUCUACGCCUUCAACGCCUCCGUGCCCAACUUCCUGACCACCAACAUCCACGUCACCAUCUCGUCCCGCAACCCCAACCACAGGAUCGGCGUCUACUACGACAAGCUCGACGUCUACGCCAUCUAUCGCAACCAGCAGAUCACCCUCCGCUCCUCCAUCCCUCCGUCGUACCAGGGGCACAAAGAGGUGGACGUGUGGUCGCCAUUCAUCUACGGGACGGCGGUGCCGGUGGCGCCGUUCAACUCGAUGACGUUGACUCAGGAGCAGGCGGCCGGGACCAUCUUCCUGAUGGUCAAGAUCGACGGACGGGUGAGGUGGAAAGUCGGGACCUUCACCUCGGGGCGCUACCACCUAUAUGUCAAGUGCCCCGCGUACAUCAUAUUCCCCAAGAGCACGGCCACGUCGGCGCAGGAGUCUGCCGCCUCCGGAGACGGCAUCGUUAAGUUGCAGAUGGUCCAGAAAUGCAGCGUCGCUGUAUGAUUCGGGCUCCUCUAGCAGCGUAUGUAAUGCUUGACUAUGUGCUACGGCCAUAGGCAGGGUCAACUACCUGA